GAUCAACACACACUGAAGCAAGGCCUGGCGUGGUGUGACCUCUCCUCUGUGUGUGUGUGUGUGUGUGUGUGACUUACAGUCAUCAUGGCUGUGGACAGAAGUGAUCAGAAUGUUCUUCACUAUGAACACACCCAGGAAGAGUCGGCUCCACUGCGAGAAGACGCGCGUCACCGACGCUACACGUCUGAACGCAGCGCGUCACUCAAAGUGCAGGAAUAUGAGAAGGGACGAGGCGUCAGGCGUCAGAGGCCGUGGGCCGUGUGCUGUCGUCGGGUGUUCUUGUCAUGGAUGGGGGCGGACUGGAUCUUUCUCAUGUUGUUGGGAGUUUCUCUGGCACUCAUCAGCUUCCUCAUGGAUGUCUUCAUUUUCCUCUUCACAGACGCACACAGGUUUCUCUAUCAUCUCUCGGAGAGUAACGUGAUGUUGCAGUAUUUGACGUGGAUCUCCUUCCCUCUGCUGCUCAUGCUGUUCGCUGCAGGUCUCACACAGAUGCUGGCACCUCAGGCCUCUGGCUCUGGUAUUCCCGAGACAAAGAUCAUCCUCAGAGGAGUGAUAAUGAAAGAAUAUCUCACUCUGAAAACAUUAGUGGUUAAAGUCAUCAGUCUCAUCUGUGUGCUGGGGAGUGAACUGCCUGUGGGCAAAGAGGGGCCGUUCGUGCACUUUGGUGCUUUGUGCGCCGCUCUCCUCUGUAAAUUCAUGUCUUUCUUCAGUGAUGUUUAUAAGAAUGAGGCCAGAAACUUGGAGCUCCUCACCGCUGGAUGUGCUGUCGGGAUCGGCUGCUGUUUCGCUGCUCCUGUCGGAGGUGUGUUGUUCAGCAUCGAGGUGACGUCUGUGUUUUUUGCGGUGAGAAACUACUGGCGAGGGUUAAUGUCUGCUGUGUUUGGUAUUCUCAUCUUCAGACUGCUGGCAGUGUGGAACAAAGAGGAGGAGACGAUCAUGGCUCUUUUUCCAACAAAGUUCAGGCUUGAGUAUCCCUUUGACCUUCAGGAGCUUCCAGCGUUUGCUGUUAUGGGAAUAGUAUGUGGCUUUGGUGGAGCUUUAUUUGUGUAUUUAAAUGGACAGAUUGCUCUAUUUGUGAAGAAACAGAAAGCAAUGAAGAACUUCCUCCUGACAAACUGUUUCAUUUACUCUGGUCUGGUGUCAGUGUUCAUAUCAACACUCACUUUCCCUCCGGGCUUUGGACAGUUCAUGGCUGGACAGCUUACACAAAGAGAUUCCUUGAUUUCAUUUUUUGACAACCGCACGUGGUCAAGAGAAGGAAUCGUAGAAGAUUUUCAUCCGGAUGAUCAUUUAUCUGCCUGGAAGCAUCCACAGGCCAACGUCUUUAUAAUCCUGAGUGUGUUUGUCUUCAUGAAGUUCUGGAUGUCGGCUCUGUCCAUAACGCUUCCCAUCCCGGCCGGUUCAUUUGUUCCUGUGUUUGUUAUUGGUGCCGCGUUCGGCCGUCUGGUGGGUGAAGGAAUGGCCACGUUGUUUCCGGAUGGUUUUGAAACGGAAGACGCCGUCCAUCCCAUAAUUCCUGGAGCUUACGCCGUCGUGGGCGCUGCGGCGCUGACGGCGGGCAUCACUCACACCAUCUCCACCGCCGUGAUCAUGAUAGAGCUGACGGGUCAGAUCAGAUACGGCCUGCCCAUCCUCAUCGCUGUCAUACUCUCCAACAUCAUCUCACAAAACCUCCAGCCGUCCAUCUACGACUCCAUCAUCCGCCUCAAAAAACUGCCGUACCUGCCCGAGCUCGGCUGGGGUCACCAGGAGAAGUAUAAUCUUCAUGUGGGGGACUUUAUGGUGAGAGACGUUCGGUACAUCACUCUGAAGUCCACCUACAGAGAUCUGCUCAAGAUCCUCCGGACGGGAAAACUUAAGAAGCUGCCGCUGGUGAAAUCUGAAGACUCUAUGGUCUUGUUGGGAUAUGUUGAGCGUGCUCAGAUACGCACACUCCUACAGCAGCACGCUCAGCACCUGCGAGAGCUAGUGGACGAAGAGAGACGACACGCGUCUGAGGUCAGCCGUGAGGUUCACUUCCAGAGGUCCUCUGAGGAAUCUUCAGGCUCGUCUGCUCCUCCUAAACCAGCUCUGAAGAGAUCACCCGUCACUGAGACGGACACAGACCUUCAUAAGAAGUUCAGCAUAAAGAAUCUGUUCUGCGGUGACACUCAGAGCGUCAUGAUAGAGGACGACUCGGACACAGAGGACGAUGUGACACUUCGAGAGCUUAAGGAGUGGGAGGGGCUACAGCUUGACGAGCAGGUGAACUUCAACAACUGUAAGAUUGACCCCGCCCCCUUCCAGCUGGUGGAGCGCACUUCACUGCACAAGGCUCACACGAUGUUCUUUCUGCUGAGUUUGGAUCACGCUUACGUCACCAGCAUCGGUCGACUUAUUGGGGUGGUUUCACUGAGAGAGCUGCGUAAAGCUGUGGAGGGCUCUCUGACAGACGAGGGGUUGAAGUUACGUCCUGUGCUGGCCAGUUUUCAGGACUGUGGGACGGGCGCUAACAACUUCAAAACAGAGAAGAGUGAUCUUCACAAACUGCUGGAUCCAAACCCCUCAGAUCAGUAAUGGACCAUACAUUACAAACACAUGAUUCUGUCUUCCAGUUGUCUGGAGAGCUCCGCCCUCUUCAAUUAAAAGAGACCCUGAUCACCCGGAUUCAAAUCCAGUCUGACAAAAACAAUACAGUACAAAUUAUAAUUUAUUUCUCAAAAUGAUUUCGGAAUGUUGUGGUUUAUAAUGUUGUUUGCUUUUUCAAGUUAAAUAUCUUGAAGCUCUUCUGUACUUUCUCUUGUUACUAUAUAGAAAUGUUUCCUCUUUGACAGACUAGCACACAUUUCUUUACACUGACGUAAAUGUUAGAAGAGCACAGCAACAUUACUUCUUCUUAUUUAAAUAUAAACAGUAAAAUAAAAACAAAGUAAUAAAAAGUUUUUUUUUUUUUUGGUGCUGUUAAUAUGGAUGUCAAUAAACAUUCAUUUAUGAUGAAUACUGUUUUAUUAAACACUAAUUCUUUACCCAGUUUUCCAUUGGACCAGGAGAACACGAAGUUUAUGUAAAAUUCAGACUGAAAUUGUGUUUAAAAGACUGGAACGUGAUUUGUUUUAAUUCGUUGUUAACAAAACUCAGGACUCCAGGGGGCGACAGAGAUUCAUUCUGAUCUCUGUCGUUACACCAAAUGUGUGUUAUUUAAUUGGUUAAAAGAUUAAAUAAGCCUUUAACAAAAUAAAUAAAAAACAAUAAAAAGUUUCUAAA